AAUACAUCAAGCCCUUCUCAAGAUCAAGCUCAAGAUAAAACACAUCAGCUGAUUACCAAGAAAACAAGAGACAUGAAGGCUUGUUUUCCAUCUAUUAUGCUGUGAUUUGGGGCGCCGGCCUUUAAAUAACGCAAGGUGGUGAUGGCAGUGGUGGCCUGGCUGGUGUUGUCGGCUGUCCUGCUGGUCGGUUCCCUCGGCCUGCAGACCUGCCUGUCUGUCCUUCUCUCUGUUAUCCUCUUCGGCUGUGGAUGGCUGGUGGCGCUGCGGUGGUGUUGCCUGGAGGAGAGCGAGCAGAUGUGGCUAAACAUUCACCGUGCCCACCUGCCACUGCCCAGGGACCACCACGACAAGGUGUUCGGCAGCAUCCAGUUGAACAGCAGCGUGGAGAAGCAAGACCGGCGGGUGACAGGUUCCAGCCUCAUCGACGAGCAGCUGCAGAGUGUGGUGGGGCUGGUGGUGCGAGACUUUGUGCUCAACUGGUACACAGAGCUCUCGGGACACCAGGCCUUCCUUGGGCAGCUGCACCGCUCCCUACAGCACUCCCUGGUGGUGCUGGCCAAUAGGUGCAAGAGCAUGGACUGGGUGGGAUACCUCACGACGCGCCUGGUGGAUGACAUUGCCUCACACCUGCGGCUGUUCCGGGAGGCGCGGUCGGCCCUGGCGCGGGGCAAGACGGGGAAAGAGGAGCUCAUUGACCAGUUUUUUGAGCGGGAAGCGGAGAAGGAGAAGGAUAUUUGUCGCGAUGAAGUGUGUCUCAAGCCGGAUGCUGAGAAAGACUACCUGAGUGACCUGGCGGAGAUAGUGCUGUACUACAUUCUGCCGCCCGAGGACUUCUCCAACGCCCCCCUGCGUGCCGCCGUGCUGGAGAUUCUGGUGUCCUCCGUCAUCCUGCCUGUCAUCACCCUCAUCUCGGAUCCAGACUACAUCAACACCCUCAUCAUCUGGGCUUGCACGGGCAUCCCAGUGACCAGUGAGCUCUUUGUGACGGUGAUCAAGGGAACCAACAAUGUGGAUGAGCUGGAGGCCGUUCGCAGUCUGGUGGUGAAGGAGACAGCCAGCCUGAGGUCAAGGGACUCUGGCAACAGGGACGAGGGGUCAGAGGUGAAGCAGCAGCUGGGGAGCCUGGAGUUCAUCAAGCGGGUCAUUGACAACAGGAUCAACCGCAUCGACAAGGGCUCCGAAACAGACUCCAUGGGACUCUCAGUGAAUUUGGACUACCGCAAGCUGGCGCGCGGCAAACUGUUCCAGCUGCCCCUCGAGGCCAUCCUGAAGAACAGCCUCACCCUCGACCACUUCCUUAAGUACAUGGCAUCCAUCAACACACAGCACUACCUCAACCUGUACCUCAAUAUUGAGUGUAACGUCUCUGUGCCCUGGAGCUGGAGCGGCUGCAGCACCUGGAGGAGUCUGGGGUGCAGGGGUCGGGUGUUACUAUGCUGGAUAUCUGCCACGAUCACUUUUCGGCCCAAUGACCUUUCGUCCCACAAAGAGGAGGCUGAGAUGAUCUACGAACAGUACUUGUCCGAGAAGGCCAGCCCCCGUGUGGUCAUGGACGACAGCAUAGUGAAAAGGCUAAUUCUUCGUAUGCGUUCGGAAAAAGUCAGCGAGACCUGGUUUGACGAGGUGCAGUCCGCCCUGUUCCUCACCCUGCAGGAGGCCGACCUAUUCCUGCCGGCUUUCAGGAGGUCCAUGUGGUAUAUUAAGCUGCUUGCCGAACUGGACUUGUUGAAAGAUGUGUCCAGGUCAGAUGAGGAAGAUACCCAGUCUCUCGAUGAUGUCAGCUUCAACUCUCUAGAACAGGCCGAGGAAGGGGACAGCCUGUGCCAGCCCACCGUGCCCUGAGCAGCAGCAGCAGCGGGGGAGGCUCCUAAGACAGGGGACUCCCACUCUACCUCCUCCGGCCACUCCACACAGUCCGAUGAGAAGUACCUCCGCAGCGUGUCCAGGAGCUCCUCUCGUGCCCAGUCCCCCCAGCCCGGCUCCCUCCACCCCUCCCCCUGCCACACCCGCUCCCCCAGCCUCACCAAGGCCGCCACCCUCACCGCCAGGAUUAUUGAUACUGAGAUCGUGCGUGAGGCUGCCAAGUCACACGCCAUCUAUAUUGUGAGUGUGAUGCGGCGCGACCUGUCCGGCCAGGAGGAGCUGUGGCACGUGUUCAGAAGGUACUCGGAAUUCUACGACUUCCACCUGUCCCUGGUGACUAAGUUCCCAGAGCUUUCAUCGGUGUCGUUCCCAAGCAAGAGGAUGCUAAACAACCUUCGCCGCUGGUUUCUGGAGAAGAGGAAAUCUGAGCUGGACGAGUGGCUGCAGACAAUCAUGGCCCCCUCCACUAUACAGGCACAUUCAGGCUUGCCUAGAGGCUAUUCAGAGGUGGAGGACAACCUCAUGGUGCCCCUGAAGGCUGGUGUCCACAAUGUGAGUCGGGCAGUGCGUUCCAUGCCAGACACGGUGCUGAACACAGUGGACGGCAUGGUGGAUGGACUCUACCCGCCGGUUCGUCAAGCCAACACACCCGAGACUGGUCGCCAACACGGAGACGAGAACAUCCCGCUGCGCAUCCUGCUACAACUGAUGGACGAGGUGUUUGACCUGCGCAGCAAAGACCAGUGGUUCCGCCGCCGCAUCAUGCUGUUCCUCAGGCAGAUCCUCAAGGCAAUGUUCGGCGACAUUGUCAACCGGCGCAUCGUGGACUACGUGGCCUUCAUCACCUCCCCGGAGCAGGUGGCGGACUACGUCAAGACCUUCAAGGAGUCACUGUGGCCCAAUGGAACCCUGGUGGCCCCCUCGGCGGAGCGGGACGCAGCCAUCAAGAUGAGGACCAGGGUGGCGGCGCGCACCUGCAUGCUGGCCAGUAUCUCAGAUGAGCUGAAGGCCAUCCUGGGGAGCCAGACGACAGCCCGGGGUGUGUUGGGGGUCUACGACACAGUGCAGUGGCCAGCGCUCAACAGACGGCUGGUGUAUGUGCUGCUGGAGGGCAUGGUAGAGUCUCUGCUGGCCAAUCAGAGGCAGAUCCCACCCCUGCUCAGGUCACUCCAUGCCGGGGUCGUCGCGCAUCACUGCCAAGCACGUGCCCCACUCCAGGCGUGCCCCGCUCCGACAGAUGAUGAGAAGGAGGAGGGAGCAGCAGCAGCAGGAGGAGAAGGAGGAGGAGGUGAGGGUAGUGGUGGUGGUUGUAGUUGGAGGAAUACAAAGGAAGCCCAAACAACUUACAAGGCUGUUUGGGUGAUUGUCCUGUGCUACUAAUGGGUGAGACAGGAUAGCAAAGGAGGAGAGGUGAUGGAGGAAGAGGAAGAAGAGGAGGAGGAGGAGGAGGAGGAGGAGUUGUAAAUGUUGGAGAAGAAAGGAAGGAGAUAGGGAGUAGAAA